UAAAAAAAAAAAAAAAGCAAAAAAACCCACAAAAAAGGCCCACCAUUUGGUGUAUAAACUAUAAAGCUUCCCUGUCCCAGUCAAGUUCACAAAGGUUCCGUCGCCUCUUGCCCAUUCCAGCCACGUCAUCGGAUUUCCUCCGGCAAAAUUUCUUUACCCCUUCACCGUCGCCGACGGAGAUUAGUGCUUCUUCUUCUCCGUACUUGGGUUUUUCCGCCACUCUAUUCCCUACGAAGCUAAGAUUUCCUAGCUGAUGCAAUUGAAUCUACUGUGAUAUCUUGGAAUCAAGUCUCAGCAACAUGUUGUCAAGGUUUUGUAGAAGAGUACAUCUGUUGCCUAACCUUAAAAAUUUACGGAGUGACUCUAUUGAAUCCAGGUGUAUACCAAAUGACUUCAGAAGGUCAAAUUACAAUUUCAUCAGAGGUAAUACUGGAUAUAAUAGCAGUUUUGGCAAUAAUAUGUGGCGCUUGGAAUUGAUAUGUGAAUUCAAUACAAGUUCAUUUGGUAAAAAUUGUCAACUUUUUUCCUCUCCUUCACGACAUAUUUGGAGGUCUCCGUCUUUGUACAGAGCUCAGCAUCAUUAUGCAUCUGUUGCUUCAAGAGAACAGAAAUCAAAGAAGAUGCUUCUGUACCUUACUGCAUUAACUUUUGUAAUGGUUGGAAGUAGUUAUGCUGCUGUUCCUUUGUAUAGAAGAUUUUGCCAAGCUACAGGCUAUGGGGGCACAGUCCAACGUCGUGAGAGUGUUGAAGAAAAGAUUGCUCGGCAUACCAAAGAUGGAACAGUCACUUCUAGGGAGAUUGUGGUGCAGUUCAAUGCUGAUGUGGCUGAUGGAAUGCCAUGGAAAUUUAUUCCUACACAAAGAGAGGUAAGGGUCAAGCCUGGAGAAAGUGCUCUCGCAUUUUACACUGCUGAAAAUCAGUGUUCAACUCCAAUAACUGGUGUCUCCACGUACAAUGUUACUCCUAUGAAGGCUGCAGUUUACUUCAAUAAAAUCCAGUGCUUUUGCUUUGAGGAGCAGCGUCUUCUUCCUGGGGAACAGAUUGACAUGCCCGUGUUCUUUUACAUUGACCCUGAGUUCGAGACAGAUCCUAGAAUGGACGGCAUUAAUAACAUUAUAUUGUCGUACACCUUUUUCAAGGUUUCUGAGGAAUAAGGAGACAAUUCGUCAUUAUUACUUACAGAAGAUACAUUGAGUACAUAAGGCACUAAUCUCUUAUUUUAUCAAAAUGAAAAUUGGCAAAAAGCACAAUGCAGAAUGUGACACUGUUAAUUUUUAAUUGUAAUAGCUUUCUUAUUCGAUUAAUUGUCGUUUUAUGUUUUUCUCAUAGAUUUUAUAUGCCAACUUAUUUGAUAUUCUUGUGAAACUAAAGAAUAAAUUGCAAACACCAAGAUUCAACUUUUGAGACUUUUA